AUGAGUCCCGACAAACUGUCUAAACGCCGUCGCCUUAUGCUAUGCCUCAGACUCCCUCGCACCAAGCCACUCACGGAAUUCUUCUUCCUGCUUGAUCUACCGAAUGAAUUAAUCGUUCUCAUUUGUCAAUUUCUCACCCUAGAGAAAGACAUCAACAACUUCAGUCGAUGCAGUCAUCGCCUACACGAGCUCCUGACCUUCAAUCUCUACCGCCACAACAUCGCCCAUUAUGCCAGUUCAGCGUUAGUCUGGGCGGUUGACAGGGGCCAAGCUGGCACCGUGGAGAAGAUGCUAGAACACGGCGCCGAUCCAAACCGCUGCGUAGAUCCCAUCGACCAUCGCACCCCGCUGACGAUGGCCAUUUCUGCCAAUCAGCACACGAUCGCCAACCUGCUUCUCGAGUCGCAGAAAUGCAGCCUUGAUAAGACUGAUAGGAUGGGAGGUUGCCCGCUCAGCGUGGCCGUAUCCCGCAAUAACAUAGCGGUUGUGCUAUCACUGCUCAAAUACGGGGUUGGUGCCAGAAUGGGACAUACGGUACAAAGUUCGUUCCGGAUCGCGAUGUAUGCUGGGUAUACAGACAUCAUGCACCUGUUGUUGACUCAGGCCGUUGUCGAUGUGAACGACCAAUGUCACGCACAUGGCGCGCCAUUCCUAGUCCAUGCUGCCUAUGAAGGUCGGUCCGAGGCGCUAUCUCUAUUACUCUCGCGCACAGACAUCAAUGUUGAGGUUACAGAUCGACAUGGUAACACCGCCUUGAUGGUCGCGGCCAAGGGAGGGAGGACUCAGGCUGUGAAGACAUUACUCGCCAAAGGCGCUCUUCCUUACGCCAUCAACAAAUUAUCGGAGUCUGUCUUAUCCUUAGCUGCACGUGGGGGUCGUGACGAAGUUAUCAACUUACUGCUGCCAUAUCGAAGAGUCAACAUCGAGUCCCGCUCAGCGGCCGGACUCACCCCCCUGAUGGAAGCGGCCAGGGGCGGACACGACAGUACGGUCCGCCUGUUACUUCAGCGUGGAGCGGACCCUAACUGUCGAGAUUGGUUUCAGUAUUCAGCCUUAUCAGUGGCGGCGGCGUGCAGAAGACCAUCGGUGUGCAGAGUUCUCCUGGAGGACGGCCGUGUGGAUGUAAAUGUCAAGUGUAGCCAAGGCAGAACACCUCUCGCCUUGGCAAUAUCUGCUCUUGGCUACACCCGAUUCGAUGAUCCCUGUGAUUACUCCCCGAUGACCGAGAAGGUUCUCGAAGUCGCUCAGGUUCUGCUCUCAGCUGCCGAUAUCGACCCGGAUUCCGAAGAUAGGUACGGAGAAACACCUCUCACGCACGCGAUUUGCUUCUGCAAUACGCCACUCGUGGAGCUGCUCUUGAUGCAAGACUCUGUUGAACCCAAUGCCCAGGAUAGACUUGGUCGCACCCCGCUAUUACGGGCAGCCCAAAGACUUAUGCAAAGCUGUCCUAUGACAGACGUACAUCAUAACCAAUGCCGCAUUAUUACUGCACUCCUAGAUAUGGCACGUGUGGAUGUGAAUGUUAAAGAUAACGACGGGCGGACUGCCUUGUCGCACGCUGCCUCCCGCGGCCGUGAGGACAUCGUCAUGGUUCUGAUCCAAAAGGGAGCCGACCUCACAAUCGUCAGUAAUUCUGGUAUGUCGCCUCUGCAAUACGCCGAAAAGGAGCUCCGGCUCUGUCGCUAUGGUAUCUAUGGUCCCUAUAGUUCCCAUGGUCGCCGUUAUCGCCGUCGUGAGCAAUCGCGUUAUCUGCCCACGAUCGCGAUAUUGAAGAAACAUUCGGAGACUGGAAGUACUGCAGGAUUGUUUGGUCGAUUAUUCAGAAAGAGAGGCGACUGCAACAUUCAGCGAGAUUGA